GCGUCCUUCUUUCCCGAGGGAGGCCGGCCAUCGGGCAGGGGGAUUCCGGGCAGCUCCUGCGUGGCCCUUUCCCACCUUCUUCUCGAGUGGAUUCCUAUAAACUGAGUUCAGAAUGAGUAUGUUUCCUCAAAUACCUAUACAAAGUCCCAAAUCACAUCCAAGUAUGGAAGAGAUGAGAUGCACUUCACCGUCUCUGGCAAGGAUGCAUUUGAUCAAAGGAAAAAAUGCCAUAGAUCGUUACUUGGCCGUGCAUAUCAAAGGAUUGUCAAAACAAGAGGCGUCUGCUUACCGGAAUUCAUACAAGAAGAACAUCUGCCUAGACAUGCUGCAGCAGGGUUAUCACAAGUCUUUUGCAGAGCUCUUUACUCUGAUAGAGCAGUGGAAUGCCUUGAGGGAGGCUUCAGGGCCUGGGUCAGCCAUAUGGCUGGAAAAAUCCCUGGAGGAGCAGCCUGAUAAGCUGGAUCAGCUUCACUAUUUCCUGACCAGAGCUGAGGCAGCCCAGCAAUCAGAAAACUAUGAAGAGGUUUAUUCUAAUCAACUAAACUUAGCCUAUUGCUUCAACAAGCUUGAAGACAGAUGGUUAAGGAAUUAUUUCUAUGAACAAUGUUACAAAACUGCUCAACUAAUUAAAAUUGAUGGUGGGAAGAAAGAAGCUGAAGCACACUCUAAUAUGGGCCUUGUUUAUGAAGAACAAGGUCACUUCCUGAAAGCUGUAGAACAUUAUGAAGCAUUCUAUAACCUGACAGUGGGACGGAUGUGGAAAGAUGACACAGGCCGGAAUUUCAACUCACUAGCCUGUGAGCAUCUCUGGAGAAUUUACACAUUACUGGCAGACAAAAUGCUAGCAAUUAAAGAACAUCAAGAAGCCAUCAGAAUUCUAACAAAAGCUUUAAAAAUGGCAGAAGAAGCAGAGAAUAUGAAGAUGGAAGGAGAAACUGCUUUCUGUUUAGGCAUAGCAUAUUUUUCAGCUGGAGAAUUACAGAAAGCUACAUUAAAGUUAAAUACUUAUCUGAAUAUAUCCAAAGAACUGGAAGAUUAUGUUGGAUUAGGGAGAGCAUAUCAAACAGUAGCUCGGGUCCUUUUAAGUCAGGGGAAAAAAGGUGAAGCUAUUAGAUACUUGGAAAUGUUCAUGGAUAUUGCCAAGAAAGUUCAGCUGAGCCAAAGUCUUGUGGAUGCAUGUAUAUUCCUUGGAAACAUUUACAAUGAAAGUGGGAAUUACAGCAAGGCCUGUGAAUAUUUCAGUCAGGCUUUUGAAGCAGCAAAUGCUCUCUCCAAUUUGGCCCUCAUGAAUGAAAUAAAGGUAUAUUGUGGCAUUGGAACAGCUCAUAGCUUGAUGUUGAAAGCUAACACUCAUAUAGAAGCUGCAGAUCCCAUCAAUCUGAGGUGCCUGCUGGACUGGAAAGAAAAUAGAAGUGACAUGUUCAAUGACCCUUUUACUGUGGAUGCCCAACAAGAAGAAAACACUGAAGAUAUGGUUAGCUACAUUCCAACUUCUGAAAAAACUAUCUGACCUAUUGAAGAGUUUCUAAAACUGAUGAAUGAAUAUGAGGAGAUGCUUGUUCAAACAAACCUUGAAAUGUUAAAAUUGGACCAAAUAAACAGGUUAAUCAAAUGAAUAUUUUAAUAUGUUUAGUUUUUGUAUCCGUAAUCAUCAACAUUAAACAAUAAAUAAGUUCCCAAAAUUUAUUUAUAAACAUACUUGAAUUUCUAUCCCAUGUGCUAAUUAACUGCUCUAAUUCCUAUUAAAAUAAAC